AAUUUCCAGAAACCCAGGAAUUUUUCAAUGCGGCUCUGGCUAGGUCUCCUAGCUGUGAGCAACAUUGCUCUUGGUGGUUGGAAUACUUCAGAAGAUGCAUCAAUAUGGGAAAAUUAUGUGGAAGAUUCUAAUUAUCACGAGUUUAUUAGCUCGGAAAGCGAACGAGGACUCUUCCCGAACAUUUUCAAUUUGGCUACCAACUCCUUAAUCACUGCGACAGAUACCUGUGGUCAAUACACUGCUGAAGAAUAUUGUAAACUAGUAGAACAUGUCCUUCUACGAAAAACAACAAAUACUCAAUCACCUCAAUGUGAUAUUUGUGAUGCAAAUAAUGUUCAUAAGCGACAUCCAAUUGAGUAUGCAAUUGAUGGAACACGUAGAUGGUGGCAGUCACCAUCACUGGCAAAUGGAUUGAGAUUCGAAAAAGUAAAUAUUACAAUUGAUUUGAGACAAGAAUAUCAAGUUGCAUAUAUUAUUCUUAAAAUGGGAAACUCUCCACGCCCUGGAACAUGGGUUUUAGAGAAAUCAUUGGAUGGAGAAUAUUAUGAGCCAUGGCAAUAUUAUGCAAUGCAAGAUGCUGAAUGUAUGAGACAAUUUGGAAUUCCUGCAACAACGGGAGUACCUAGAUUUCAAAAAGAAGACGAAGUACAUUGUACAUCUGAAUAUUCAAAGAUCACACCACUUGAGAAUGGAGAAAUUCAUACAUCUUUGGUAAAUGGAAGACCUGGAGCUGAGAAUACAAGCCUUGAACUACAAAAGUUUACGAGAGCUCGAUUUGUGAGGCUACGACUUAUCUCGCCAAGAACUUUGAAUGCUGAUCUAAUGAUUAUCAAUAAAAAGUCGGAUUCAUUGGAUAAAUCUGUAACUAUGAGAUAUUUCUAUUCAAUUUCGGAUAUUUCAAUCGGAGGUCAAUGUAUUUGUUAUGGUCACGCUGAGAGUUGUCCAAGUGAUCCUGUUACCGGGCAAUUCAAAUGCGAAUGUCGUCACAACACUUGCGGAGAGUCAUGUAAUCGUUGUUGUCCACUUUUCAAUCAACUUCCAUGGAAACCUGGUACCAAUUCUCAUCCGAAUGUAUGUCAACAGUGUCAAUGUUUCAAUCAUGCUCAUUCAUGUGUUUAUGACGAUGAAUUGGAUCGGAACAAGUGGUCAAUAACUCCAGAAGGAGUCUAUGAAGGUGGAGGUAGAUGUCUGGAAUGUGCACAUAAUACUGAAGGAUUCAAUUGUGAACGGUGUAAAGAUGGAUACUACAGACCUUCUGGAUUAUCACAUUACAGAGAAGACGCAUGCCGUACCUGUGAAUGUGACCCUGUUGGAAGUGUCUCUGAUGCUUGUGUCCGUGAUGAUCAAAGCGCUGAAAAUGGUCAAAAGCCAGGUGAUUGCAUCUGCAAACCAGGAUUUGGAGGUCGUAGAUGCGAGAGAUGUGCUCCAGGAUACCGUAAUCAUCCAACGUGUGAACCGUGUCCUUGCAAUCGUGCUGGAAGUGUCAACUUUGAUACAUGUGAUGGAGCAAGCUGUCAGUGUAAGGCCAACGUUGAAGGAAUCUAUUGUGAUAGAUGUAAAGCUGGAACAAUUCAUUUAUCGGCUUCCAAUCCUUUGGGUUGUCAACCAUGCUUCUGUUUUGGUCACUCGAGUACUUGUACCCAAGGAAAAUGGAAUAAAGCUCAGAUAAUCAAUAAUAUUGGUUGGCAUUUGACUGACUUGACUGGAGGCAAAGAUGUGAAGCCUGAAGUGGAAAAUGGAGAAGUUCUGAUGUUCAAUGCAAAUCAAAAUCAAGAUCGAAGCUUAUACUACUGGAAGGCUCCUGAUAGUUUCAAGGGGAAUAUGUUAAAUAGUUAUGGAGGAUAUCUUCAUUAUGAUGUCUAUUAUGUUCCUACUGAACAAGGUGCAACAGUUUUUGUAGCAGAUGUUGCAAUUGAAGGAAAUGGAAUCAAGAUUGAAUAUCACUCAAGAAUCGAAUUCCUUCCACGAGAGAAAAUGACAGUUGCAAUUCCAAUGAGUGAACUGAGUGGAUGGUACAAUGCUGAAGCAAGAAGUCCAGUUGAUAAAGCUGAUAUGAUGAGAGCUCUCGCAAAUGUUGACAGAUUCACAGUUCGUGCAACAUACCAUCAACCUCAGUUACAAUCCAGCAUUUUUGGAUUAUCACUGGACACUGCUGUUCCUGCUCCAGAUGAGAUUGUUGAGGAGGACACAUCACUCAAAGCACUCGCCUAUCAUACUCAAGAUACUUUGAUGGGUGGAGUAGAAGUAUGUGAGUGCCCUGAAAACUUUGCUGGAAAUAGUUGUGAAUCUUGUGUGCCUGGAUAUCGAAGAGUCAACAAUCAGCUGUAUGGUGGAAGAUGUGAGAAGUGUGAUUGUCAUGGAAACUCUGAAGAAUGUGAUCCAUUCACUGGAGAAUGUCUCAAUUGUAGACAUAAUACCACUGGAAGUCGAUGUGAACUCUGUAAACCAGGACACGUCGGAAAUCCAUCUCGUGGAGGAGAACUCGGAGCCUGCGAGCAAUGUGAAUGUCCAAGUCUCGACUUGAAUCCAAAUCCUGAAUGUAUUUCAACUGAACUAGCAGUGUUAGGAUCAGUUGCAUCGAAUGAAGACAACUAUGUUUGUAUAAACUGUCCACUUGGUUACGAAGGAAAUAAAUGUGAAUACUGUUCCGAUGGAUUCUUCGAAGAUCCAUUGACCGGAAAAUGCAUCGAAUGUACCUGUAACGGGAAUAUCGAUCCAAUGGGAAUCGGAAAUUGUGAUUCUGAAACCGGAAAAUGCCUGAAAUGUAUUGGUCAUACAACAGGAGAUUCCUGCGAGAGCUGCAAGGAGCAUCACUGGGGAAAUGCUCAACUUCACACUUGCAAACCAUGCGGAUGUCAUACCCAGGGAGCUGUGAAUCCACAAUGUAGUGAGGAAAAUGGAGAAUGUGAGUGCAAGGAGAACUAUAUUGGAGCACAAUGUGAUCGAUGCAAAGAGAAUCAUGGAGAUGUGGAGAAUGGAUGUCCAGCUUGUGAUUGUAAUGAUACAGGAAGUAUUGGAAGUGAUUGUGAUCAAGUCAGUGGACAGUGUAACUGUAAGCAAGGAGUUUUUGGAAAACAAUGUGAUCAGUGUAGACCUUCGUAUUUCAAUUUCACUGAUGCAGGAUGUCAGUUUUGUCAUUGUAAUAUUUACGGAUCGAUUGAAGAUGGAAAAUGUGAUCAGACAACUGGAAAAUGUGAAUGUAGAGAGAAUGUUGAAGGAACAAUGUGCGAAAAGUGUGCGGAUGGAUACUUCAAUAUUACCAGCGGAGAUGGAUGUGAAGAUUGCGGAUGUGAUCCAACUGGAUCCGAGGAUGUCUCUUGUAACCUUGUCACAGGACAGUGUGUCUGCAAACCAGGAGUCACCGGGCUCAAAUGUGAUUCUUGCCUUCCGAACUUCUACGGACUAACAUCAGAAGGAUGUACUGAAUGUGAACCGUGUCCUGCUCCAGGACAAGUCUGUGAUCCAAUCGACGGAAGCUGUGUAUGCCCUCCAAACACUGUUGGAGAAAUGUGUGAGAAUUGUACAACGAAUGCAUGGGAUUAUCAUCCAUUGAAUGGAUGUAAACUUUGUGAUUGUUCGGACAUUGGAAGCGACGGUGGAAUGUGCAACACGUUUACAGGACAAUGUAAGUGUAAGGCAGCAUAUGUUGGACUGAAGUGUGACUUGUGUACUCAUGGAUUCUUCAACUUCCCAACUUGUGAACCAUGCGGAUGUAAUGCUGCAGGAACUGAUCCAUUGCAAUGUAAAGAUGGACAAUGCUUGUGUAACGAGAUUGGUGAAUGUCCUUGCAAAAAAAACGUGCAUGGAACGAAAUGCGACCAAUGUGGAGAAGGAACAUUCAGUUUGGAUUCAUCAAAUCUCAAAGGAUGUACUGAAUGCUUCUGCUUCAAUCGAACCUCAAAUUGUGAACAAUCUGAUCUUGUAUGGCAACAAAUGUACGCAGAAGAUCGUCGAGCUGUAUUCCAAGAACCUUGGGAAUUUUAUACAAAGAAGCACAACAUUAAUCUAUUGAGAGAGAAGCCAUCACAUUUCAACAGUUAUCCAACAGAUGCUACACCACUUUAUUGGCCUCUACCAUCCACUAUGCUUGGUGACAGAACCGCUAGUUACAAUGGAUUUUUGAGAUUCAAAAUUUGGAAUGAGGAUAACAGAAGAGGAUUACAUGGAAUUCGACCGGAUCAACAGUAUUUCAGACAUUUCCCACAAGUCAUUAUUUUCGGAAAUAAUCGAAUCGAAUUGGAACAUAUUCCGAUGGAAAUUAAUGAUGACGGAAUUUAUAAGAUCCGACUCCACGAGUCUGAAUGGCGAGUUCGUCACUCUCCAGAGCUCACACUUACCCGAAAGCAAAUGAUGGUUGCUCUACAAGACACCCAAGGAAUAUAUAUCCGUGGAACCUACACAUAUCCAGCAAGAGGUGAUGCUAUCAAUAUUCAAGAGGUUUCCCUUGACGUAGCUGUUCCUGAAUCAAAGAUUGUUGCUGGUCUGUCUACUACAAAAGCGAUCGGAGUUGAGAAAUGUCUGGGAUGUCCACAAGGAUAUACUGGAUUAUCGUGUCAAAAUCCAGAAGUUGGAUAUUAUCGAAAGAAGCAUCGAGAGUACUUGAAUCAAGCUGAUGAUAUUGCAUUGAUCGGCUGGAGUGAACCAUGUUCUUGUCAUGGACAUUCACAGACUUGUAACCCUGAUACAAGUGUCUGUACUGAUUGUGAACACAAUACUUUCGGUGAUUUCUGUGAGCACUGUCUACCUGGAUACAUUGGAGAUGCUCGGGAAGGUGGAGCAAAUGCGUGUACAAAGUGUGCAUGCCCACUUGUUGAAAAUUCAUUCAGUGAUUCUUGUGUAGCUGUUGAUCAUGGUAGAGGAUAUGUCUGUAAUUCUUGUAAACCAGGAUACACUGGACAGUACUGUGAGACAUGUGUAGCUGGAUAUUAUGGAGAUCCGCAGCACAUUGGGGGAACAUGUAGUCCGUGUGAUUGCCAUCCAGAUGGAUCACUUCACGGAGCAUGUAAUCCACUUUCUGGGCAGUGUGAAUGUAAACCUGGAGUUACUGGAAGAACUUGUUCCAUGUGCCAAGAGAGACAUGCAUUUAUAAAUCGAGUAUGCACAUCUUGUGAUCAAGGAUGUUAUCUUCCAUUAAUGGAGACAAUGGAUACAAUGGAAGAACAUCUCGGACGACAGAAUUUCUCUGGAUUAAAGCCAAUUCCUUGGAAACGAGUAUGGAGAAUUGGAAAUGAGUCUCAAGAUUUAUCAACAUUUGUUGGAGGAAUUGAUAAAGAUGGAGAAAUUGUUAAGGAUAGUAAGUGGGCAAAAGAUGCAUUUGCACUACUGGACGAGGUUAAUUUCCAAAUGGGAAGAUCCAAUAAAUCAGCUGUUUCAAUCAAACAAUUCACUGGAAUCGCUGAACAAUUGAUCCUAGAUGCUCAAAUCCAUUAUGCCAAUGCAUUCAACACUACAAACUUCCUCAAGAUGUUCGCAGAGCAUGGAGCAACUACUGUAGGUGGAGCAGCACUUGAUGGAAUGCUUAUGGAGGCAGAAGCUCAUUUAAAUGCGACAGUUGAACGGGGAGAAUAUGUUGAGAAGCGCCUGAAUCGGGCACAGCAGGAGCACAAAAAGGCGGAGGAGCUUUUGAAAAUGGUCACUGCUCAGAAGUUGAAUGAAACUAUUUUCGAGGAUUUGAAGAAUCGGAUUGACGUUUUGGAACAAUGGAUGAAUGAUUAUAGAGAGACAAUUUAUGAUGUUUCAAAGAAAGAUACAGCUGAUGCAGAGAGAAUGAGUCUUGUUGUUGGAAAAAGAAUUAAUAGAUAUAAGGAAGUAUCGAAUGAAAUUGAAAAAUUACGAGUUGAAGCAGAAGAUCAGAUUGCUUAUUCAAGGAAUUCGAUUGAAAAAGCAAGAUCUGAAGAGUUGAUGAAUAUGUUUGAGGAUAAGGAAAAGAUCAAUAUGACACUAGCUGAACUGCCAGAUUUAGUGGAGCAGUGUCAGAAUAUUACACUUUUGUAUUCCCAACUUAUUGAUGAGUACGACGAGGAAUAUGUACAGACUGCAGGCCGUCAUGCGGAAAAACUCGAAGUUCAGGCUCAAAAGAUUGUUGAUCGAUUUGUGGACACUCGAACUGAGACUGAGAAUCCACUGAAAGCAUCGCAUGCUUAUGAGAAUAUUGUUGAGGCUUUGAAGAAUGCGACGGAAGCUGUUGAUUCAGCUGCGGAAGCAUCGGAAGCCGUGUCCAAGAUGUUAGGGUCGGAAGGAUCAGAAUCUGGAGAUGCGAAUGAAGAAAGUUUGAGAAGCCAGUUGGAGAAAUUGAAAAAUGAAAGUUCAUUAAGCAAUGUGGACAAUUCGAAUGCUGUGAAGAUAGUUGAGGAGUUGAAAAAAGAAAAGAAAGAUUUGACGGAUCGACUGGGACACUUGAAUGAGUUGAAGACGAGUAUUGUAAAAAGAUUGGGAGUUAUCAAGAAUGAAGCAUCAUCUUGGGAUGAUAAGCAUGAUAGAAUGCAUUCCAUUUUGAAGAAUGGAGCAAAAACAGCUCAUGAAAGAUCUGCAAAUGUUAAGAAAGAAUCUGAAGGCAUCAAAACAGAAGUGUCAGCAAUCAAAGCAGAGGUUGAGAAGCUGAUGAACAGUACUUCGAGUGGAGUUCAAGAGGAUAUGGAGAAGAUUCGAGCAUCAAGAACUGGAAUGGAGUAUGGAGCACAGAAACUGACAAAGGUCAAUAAAUUGAGUACAGCUAAUCAAGGAAGAACUGAUAAGAUGGCUAGAAAUAUUGCAAUUCUCAAGGCAAAGAUUGAGCAAGCAAGAGAAAAGGCUUAUCAGAUUAGACUUUCCUUGAACUCAGGAGAGCGUGGUCUUUGCAAGAGAUCUUAUAUUUCUCCAGCAUCUCCAUCCCCAGUCAACACUUUCCAUGUAUCAUACCGCCCAUUGCAACAAGUAUCAGAUGCAGUUAUAUUGGUUAGUAAGACAAAAGGUAGAAGAACUCAACCAUCAGAACAUCUAGCUGUCGAGAUUAGAGAUAAAAGAGUUGUUGUACAUUGGGAUAUUGGAUCUGGAAAGAAGAUGAUAACAAAUAGUCAUCCGAUUAAUUAUGUACCAUCAAAUGAUAGAGUUACCUGGUAUCAUAUUGAUGUGCUCAGAAUUGGAAACGCCGUUAACUUGACAGUGGCUCUCAAGGAAAGCUAUGAUGGAGGAUUCAAACCUCGAGGUGCUCCAGUUUCAGUUUUCGUUGGAAACUCGAAGGAUGAUAACUCAAUCUUUAACACAAUUCCUGGAGAAACUACAAUUGAUGUUGGAACAGAUGAAACAGUUGCAUCAGAUAUUGGAUUAACGACUCAUAAAUUCAGUGGAAUAGUUGGAGGAUUGAGAAUUGAUGAAGUUCCAUUGCCACUGUGGUCAUUUGAAUCAACAACGGGAGAGUGUGAAGGCGCAACAUCUCCACCGAAGACUUCACAGAGAGGCCACCUCUUCAGAGAUGGAUUUGCAAAUGUUUCAAUGUCAGUAUCAGAAAGAACAAUGUCUGCUAUCACUGUUAUCUUCAAUGCAUUCUCUCCAAAUGGAUUACUGUACUUCCGUGGAAGUGAGGCAAGUGGAGACUUUGUUGCGAUCUAUUUGAACGAUGGAAAGGUUAUGUUCAAAAUCAAUCUGGGAGGAGGAUCCGUAGCUGAGUUGACAUCUCAGAAUGUAUAUAAUGAUGGAAAAGAGCACACAGUGAAGGCAAUUCGUACUGGAAGUGAAAUGUAUCUUCAAGUCGAUUCAGAUGCUGAUCGUUUUAAUACAGUAAUCACUGGAGAGAAUACUGCAUUGAAUAUUGAAAAUGAGAACCAUUAUGUUGCCGGAGUCCCUAUGACAUUGAAUAAAGAAGUGUUUGGUGAUAUCAAUUGGAAUGGAUUUAUUGGAUGUAUUCUUACAGUGAAACCAUCCCAAGUUGGAGAACUUGACCUUGAUCAUCCAGAACACUCUCAAGGAAAGACUGAUGGAUGUUCCCAAGUCUCUGGAGUAACAGACAAAAUUAUUGGAUUCCCGAAACCAGGAUAUCUGAUAACAAAGGGAAUUUCCAUCGAUAACAGUUCAACAUUUGCCUUCUCAUUCCGAACUCGCGAGGAAAAUGGAACACUUGUGUAUCAAUCAUCGAAACUUCAAAAAGUAUCAAAAAGAGAUUCAGAGGAUGAUGGAAAAGGGUACAUCGCCUUCUAUUUAUUCCGUGGUUAUCUUGUUCUUCACUUUGGAAAAGAUGCUUCAUCGAGAAAGGAAGUUGUGACAUUCCGAUCAUCUCAUCCAUAUAAUGAUGGACAGGUUCAUGCAGUGUUUAUGGAAAGAAACGGGAAAAUAAUCUCCGUGAAAGUAGACGACAAGGAAAUUGGAGACAGUCAAUCACUAUCUGAUGAAACAUCAGUUGGCACUACAUCUGGACGUCUGAUCCUUGGAGGAUUCAGUGAUGAUUUGAAACCACCAAACAAUGAAAUUCCAAUCACUUCAUUCUUUAUCGGAUGUAUUUCUGAUGUAUUCCUGAACAUGAAACGUGUCUCAUUGGCUCCUGAAAAGCAUAAUGCUCAAAUUGGAAUGUGCUCAAUGGAUGAUACGCAAGGAUUGUCACCAAUUGAUGAUCCCAUCGAUGGAAAUGGACAUAAUGGACAUCGAAAGUCUUCGAAAUUGAGUUUUGAAGCGACGAAUAGAAAUUAUUAUGAAGUGUCAACCCAAUCCUCCCAUCUUGUAAUGAAUCCGAACGGUGAAGAAACUGUAGAAAAAACAUGCGAAACAUCUCUAGGAUCUCUCCAAGGAGCUGUUAGAUACGGUCUAUCAAAGUCAUCACAUAGUAGAAUCAAUUUUGAAGCUCCAUAUCCAAAUAUCACAGAUUUCACCGUCAAACUAUCCCUCCAAACCGAAACUUCAAAUGGAAUGAUUUGGGCUUGGGCCAACUACAAAAACUACACUCGCUACAUUUUCCUUGAUAUAAUUGAUGGAUUCGCAACACUUGAAGUAAAAGGACAUAAACAACCAAAAAUUCUGAAACAUUUGGGAAAUCGUAUAAAUGAUGGACAAUGGCAUGACAUUACUGUUGAAAAGAAGAAUCGAUCUUUGAAAUUAAUAAUUGAUUCACUUGGACCAGUUGAAAUGACAGAUUGUCCAACACCAAAAGUAAUGAAAAAGAGAGUAUAUGUGGGUGGAGUCAUCUCAAGACACAGAAGACAAUUUGGAUUGACAACUCCUGGAUUAGAUGGAUGUAUUAGAGAUUUUGAGAUGAACAAUAGAAUAUUCAAUAACCUGGAUGAACCAUCAACUUCCAAGAAUGUAAUGCCAUGCGCCAAAGCAUGCAAACUUAAGAGAUCAUCAAAAAGAAAGCGUAAUUCGAAAAAUUAAAUUUCUAUAUUUGUAACAUUUUCUUCCUGAAUUUGAAUAUGAUUCUCAAAAAAGCCCCUUGUUGAUUGCCAAUUUUAAUUUAAUUUUUUUCUUCGAAUAAACUAUUUUAAAUUUAAAAAAAA